AGCUGAGUAAACCCACGACGACCAGGUGCCGGCUGAGAUAGUUGCUGCUUCCGUCUCACUCGCCGUUGUCCCAUCGCCAAUUUAAUAAUGAAUCGGUCGAAAUAAAGUUAGUCUCUUUGUUCAUUCCAUCGGAUUAACAAGUCACUCCUCUCAGGUAAAAGGCGUUAACGAAAAAUUACAAAAACAAACACUCGAACCAUGGGUGAUGGAAGCGCAUCAGCCAAAGUUGUUGUGAAGGACACCAAGGGUGCGGAGCCACUGGAUGUUGUUGAUGAUUUCCACCGACGCAAGAUGCAGCUAUACAGUCACUGGGUCCGUCCGAGAUUCUUGCAGUACAACUACAUGUACCACUAUCGUCAUAACUACUACGACGAUGUUAUAGAUUAUCUGGACAGCCGGGCUCGUGGAAUGCCUCGCGAUAUUCCGCGUCCACAGUACUGGGCUGAGCGCGUUCUCAGGACCGAGAGAAAAAUGCCUAAGAGUAUCGACGAGAUGUACAACUAUACCAAUAUCGGCCUUAAGCGUGACAGUCGGAAGCUAAUGUACACUCUAAGUAAUCAAAUCAGAUCAUACAAUGUCCACUCGAAGCGCUAUCUUAACAGCAAAUAUGCUAGAAUUUUGUAAAAGUUUUGCCGAAUACGAACCAGGACACGCGAAGGAUACGCCUUUCCGCUUUUUACGCUUUGAAGUUUGAAUAGAUAGAUCGAUAAGACUAACGCAGGACUAACGAUCGGCUUUUUAAUGUGUUUUAAUUGCCAGUAAGGUAGCAACCGGCUCAUUCUCAACUGCCUAUGAAAAAAAUUCAAAAUUAAAAGAAAAUAACACUAACAAUUUCCUUUCGAAAGAAAAUAACCCUUCAUACAUCCACAUCAUUUUCAAAUUUAAACCGAAGAGGGAAAAAUAGCAUCAAUCACUAACUUCACUAAAAAACAGAGAGAUUAAACACAACGCACAACGAAAAUAUGAAACGACUCAUUUUUGAAAAACAACUUCGUUGUUUUAGUAGUACUAUGUAGCGAUGAUUUCAUAUAGCUAAUAGUUUGCAUAUUCAAUAUUCAUUAAGCCGGAGAAUAAAAAUCCUCCUUAAGUUUAUAUACUUAACCAAAUGUUUGAAUUUUAAUAUUUUUUUACUUUCUGCAACUUUAUUCAACUUUAAUUAAUCAUCUCGUUUGACAGUUUGCGUUUGAGUUCCUUUCAUUUUCUUACAUAAACUAUAAUCAUAGUGUUCAAACAUUAUUUUCAAGCUGCACACAACAACUGAAUAUUUAUAUUAUACGAUAAUCAAACCAUUUAAUCUCGUAGGGAGAAGUCCAUUUGUGAAAACCUACUUUGUUUAUCGAAUCUGGUGAUGAUAUGAUACGAGAAAGUGGCAGUGGAACAACGAGCCAACGAGACUCGAAUGCCUAUUUAAGAAGAACUGAACAGCAGCUCGUGAAACCAGAAUUCCUUACACCACCAACACCAAAAAACAACACCGAGCAUAACACCACCAAGAUUAGACCAAUUAUUGUUGCAAUUGAGCGAUAUAUGAAGACAUCAAAAACCGGCAACUAGAUUCUUAGAACCGCCCGCACCUUUCGGGUGCGGUUUAAAUCAAAAUUAUCAACGAUAUGAUAAUUAUAUUUUAAAAUAUUUUUUUACCUCUAUAUUUUUUCUAUGAUUGACUUAUGAUCCUUAUGUUUUCUAAGAUUCUACAAUAUGCAACAUUUUAGAGUUUUGUUUAUUACUCCGCAAUAUCAUUGAUUUUUUUUAUUACUCGCACAAGAAUUUAAAGUUUAUUUUUAUUGCGCAAGAAUACUGAAGAAAAUACAAAAACCGAUGAAGAUAGAA